CAGGUCACGACCUCGAUCCUCUUCAUCGCCUGCGCCCUCGUGGCGGCUUCGGAGUACAUAGGAGACCCGAUCCAGUGCCUGGACGGGGGGCUGCCCGUCGAUAAACCCGUCAAUACCUACUGCUGGAUCACCUCCUACCUUUACGAUCAAUACCACAACUGGUCUGGGGAAUCAUGCUGGUUUCCACGAAGAGACCUACCAUGCGUACUAUCAGUGGGUCCCCUUCGUGCUCUUCUUCAUGGGAUGCAUCUUCUACCUUCCCCAUCUCCUGUGGAAGGGGAUGGAGGCAAAGACCGUCCAGCUCCUCCUGCAGGGACUCCACCGCCACACGAUGGAUCCGGACGUCGUUUCAAAGAGAGACAACAUCGUCAAGUACAUGAAGGUCUCCAAGAAGGCCAGCGCCUGCAACUACAAGUACGGAAUCCCCUACAUGAUCUGCGAGUUUUUCAACCUGGUCAACGUCAUCGUUCAGAUGAUCCUGCUGGACGCUUUCUUCAACGGCGCCUUCACCACCUACGGCACCGACGUCUUGAGCCACAUCGUCGACGACACCGAGUUCGACGACCCGUUCCGAUCCCGGUUCCCUAAGCUGACCAAAUGCACCUACAGGUACAUCGGCCCCUCUGGAACGAUCGCCUUUAGGCAGCCGCUGUGCAUCUUGCCGCAGAACAUCCUCAACGAGAAGGUCUUCGUCAUCUUGUGGUUCUGGUUCGUCAUCCUGGCCACCAUCACCAGCAUGCAGCUGGUGUACCGCCUGGUCAUCGCCCUGGCGCCUGCUCUGAGGGUCCACGUGCUGGAACAGAGAGGCAAGCUGGAAUCCAGCAACUUGAUGGAAAAGGCCAUCCAGCGCCUGACCCUCGGGGACUUCUGCCUCCUCAGUAUCCUAGGGAAGAACCUGGACGCCAUCACCUUCAAGGAUAUCCUGAAGGACGCCAUACUGGCCGACGAUCUCAACGGCAACCCUUACAACCGCCUUGGGCACGACGCCGACGCCGACGAAGAGGAUCCGGCAUUGCGCAAGAAGAGGAUGGAAAUGGAGGAUGACGAGACGUCCUUGUAACUGGACAUCCCCCCCCCAAAGAUUAAAGGAGAAAACAUCCUAGAUAUAUUUCUGAUAUUUCCGCUAACGGCGAUCGUUCGUUUCUUCAUACCCAUCACCACAAGUUUCUGAAACGCCUACCUGCUUCCGUUUAGCCUAAAGGCUAAAACCUGUCCUCCUCUGAUAUAGGCAGUCGGUCCUUUGCUUCUUUUGUGGUUAAGCCUCAACCCUCUUCUUUCUUCACUCUUGCUUUUUUUCUUUUUGAUUCUUUGGCUCUGCAUUCAGAAGAAAAAUAAAUGAGGAAUACGUUAUGGAGUGCAACGUUUGGCUCUUGGCAUGACGUAUCCAUAGGCCUUGGACGUAUCCCAAGCUUGAUAACAUGCUGUUCCACUCUUCGAAGUUGAUAUCCGCAUCACGGUCUCAACGAGUCAAAAAAAACGGAACUUAAAUCAGUUUCGUUCAUACAGAAUUAAUAAAUACAAAAUGAUCUGUAACACUUAAAAAUCUUGACAUUAUAAUGCCUUGUGAUUAUCACCUUAUGGUGUGAUUUUCUUAUAUUUAAAAAAUAAAUGCGGUCAGAGUGAUACUUACGCAAGUAUAUAGCUGAAUGCAUACUUACAGAGAGAGAGAGAGAGAGAGAGAGAGAGAGAGAGAGAGAGAGAGAGAGAGUAAUAAUUGCUCAGUUGAGAAGGACUUCCGUAGUUCAUUUGUCAACAACAAUUAGAUGUAGAAGGGCAAGAACAAUUAAACAAUGCAGAAGCCAAUAGUUGUACAAAAUGUCUUCAUUACUUUCCAAAUAAACAUUUUCUUGUUGGAUAGACCGACCAACGACACUGGAUCUCAGCUUUUCUCGCAGUUCCACAUCUUGUAUUUACCUUCAAAGAAUGAAUUGGAAUGGUGUCUCUCUACACUGCUAGUUCAUCAUCUAAUCUUUUCUGUAUAAUCGGAUGACGUUAUUUAUAAAUUUCUGUGAUUAAAUAAACCUAGUUAAUAAAUC